GCUUUAAUCAAAUCUACUUCCUGGUUUGGUUUAUUUACUGUGAAUCAUGGCUGCAGAGGGCGAUUUUCUGGCAAGAUAUCGCGCUGUGUCGAAUAAAUUGAAAAAACGUUUUCUUCGUAAACCCAAUGUUGCUGAAGCAAGUGAGCAGUUUGGUCAGUUGGCUAAGGAGCUGAAGCAGCAGGACUGUUUGCAGUAUGCUGCCUUCUGCAACCUGGCCAUGGCUCGGUGUGAGCAGACUCUGUUUAAUGCACCCGGAGAGGCUCUAGCGCUAACAGAUGCCGCCCGCCUCUUCCUCACUUCGGAGAAGGAGAACAGGGCUCUGCAGGCACCAGGUUUUGAUGAACACCUCCAGGCUGCACUCAAUUGCUACAGCUUUGCUAUUAAGGUGUACAUUGAGAUGAAUCAGCCUGUGAUGGCUGCCAGCCUGUGUCUCGAACUUGGGAAUGCACUGAAGGAAAUGAACAGACCAGGAGAGGCUGUUGUUCACUUCCAGAGGGCAGCAGAGCUGCAGUCACAGACGCCCAUCGAGGCCCUUUUGUCAAUGGGAGAAAUGGCCACCUGUAAAAUACUCACACGUGACUAUGAUGGAGCACUGUCAGUGUUCACAGAAAUGCAGCUGAUCUGUCAGGAGAGAGGGCUGCAGCUUCCAGGCACCAGCACUCCUGUUGGGGCUUUUCUGGACAUUGUGGCCAAAUGUGAGAUUUCAAGGGUGUUAUUGCUUAUGUUGCUCGAGCCUCCGCCUCAGAAACUGCUCCCUGAACACGCACAAACCCUGGAGCGAUAUGCAUGGGAGUCCUUCGACCCACACAGCCAAGUGACCUUCCUGCCUGAAAACGUGUUCCUGCUCCUCCAAUCAGUGGUGAUGGCUUGUCAGGAAAAAGACACAGAGUCUCUUAAGUCUCUUCAAACAGACCUCUGGCCAUUUCUAACAGCUGAGCAGAACCACCUCCUCCAUCUAGUGGUUCAAGAGCGCAUUACACCGUCUGGGCAAGGCAUUUAGGCUCCUCUGAUUUUACCGACUUCCUCUGGGAACCAUUCUUUAUAUAAUGGAACAUUCCUGUUUCUGGCUGGGUCUGUUGUAAGGCCUGAUGUUUUUGUCGUCUUAUUGUUGAAGGAUAGAUAGCGUACUUUGGCUGAGUAGCUAAAAACAAACUUAAAUUAUACUUUCUAGUGAGAUUCAAAAUAAAUAUUUGAUUCACAGACGCUAAACUGUACAAAUGACUAAGAAUUUUGUGAAAUGUAUUU